GCAUGUGCACAGUCCAUUUACUGAACGUGGGUACAGGAUGCUGGCCCUGCCUGAGCCUUGCAGCUGCAGCCCCUCCAGCCCUGCUGUGCUUCAGCCCUGAGUGUUCAAAGGAGGCGCCAUUUGGAUGCUGGGAAGAAGCCUGAAGAAGAAUGGCCAGCUCCAGUUCUCAACACAUGGCCUGUGGGUCAGUGACAUUUAGGGACGUGGCUGUUGACUUCUCUCAGGAGGAGUGGGCCUACCUGGAUGCUACUCAGAAGGUCCUCUACAGGGACACGAUGUUGGAGACCUACCGCCACCUCGUCACAGUGGUGGGAAGUUGCCUUUCCAAGCCACAUCUGAUCACCUUACUAGAGCAGGAGAAAGAGCCCUGGAUGGCUGUGAAGGAAGAAACAGACAGGCCGAGCCCAGAUUUGGAGGCAGAUUAUGAUGCUGAAAAUAUGUCUUGUAAAAAUCAUAGUUAUAAUAGAAAUAUAUCUAAACAGAGCUUACAGCAAUCAAGUAAAACUUUUGACUUUAGGGACUCCAGGUUUAGUAAUGGGCCUAACUGUACAUUCAAGGGACUACAGAGUUCUCAAGAAGAUGAUGACGAUCAACGGAUUACUAACAAGGAAGGAACGCCUCCUUAUACCUGCCAGACUCUUGCUCACAAUAUAGAAAGAGCAUAUGAAUGUAAGGAGUGUGGGAAAGUCUUCAGACUCCCCCAACAGCUUACAAGACAUCAGAUGUCUCACAGUGGUGAGAAACCUUUCAAGUGUAAUGAAUCUGGAAAGGCUUUCCAUCUUCCUGACCUGCUUAAGAACCAUAAAACCAUCCAUACACGUGAGAAAACAUUUGAAUGCGAGGAGUGUGGGAAGGCCUUCAACCGUGUCUCCAACCUUGUUGCACACAGGAUUAUUCAUGCUGAUAUAAAGCCAUAUAAAUGUAAUGAGUGUGGGAAAGCCUUUAAACGCCGCUCAUACUACAUGCAACAUCAGAAAAUUCAUUCUGGUGAGAGACCCUUUCAGUGUAAGGAAUGUGGGAAGGCCUUCAUUUUUCUGGCUCACCUCAAUGGACACCAGAUGAUACACACUGGAGAGAAGUCAUUUGCAUGUAAGGAGUGUGGGAAGGCCUUCAGACUCCUCCAACAACUUACAAGACAUCAGAAGUUUCACAGUGGGGACAAACCUUUCAAAUGUAAUGAAUGUGGAAAGGCUUUUCCCUUUCCCGACAGGCUUAAGCAUCACAAAACCAUUCACACAAGUACAAAACCAUUUGAAUGCAGGGAAUGUGGGAAGUCCUUCAAGUGUGUCUCCCACCUUGCUCAACAUAGGCUUAUUCACGCUGAUGUGAAACCAUUUGAAUGUAGCGAGUGUGGGAAAGCCUUCAAUCGGCGCUCAAACCUCAUACAACAUCAGAAAAUUCAUUCUGGUGAGAAACCCUUUCAGUGUAAGGAGUGUGGGAAGGCCUUCACUGUUCUGCCACAGCUCACAAGGCACCAGAGGAUUCAUACUGGAGAGAAGCCAUUUGAAUGUAAGGAAUGUGGCAAGAGAUUCUAUACUGGCCCACACCUUGUUCAGCACCAGCGAGUUCACACUGGUGAGAAACCCUUUGAAUGUAAUGUAUGUGGAAAGGCUUUUAGACUCCGGGCAUGCCUUUCUGAGCAUCAGAAAACCCACAUUGAAGAGAAACCUUUCAAGUGUAAGCUGUGUGGGUCAGCCUUCAGAAGUAGGUACCAGCUUAGUUUACAUCGACGCACUCAUCCUCAUGUGAGACCCUUUCAGUGUAAGGACUGCGGAAAGGCCUACAUUCUUCUGGCACAACUCAUUCAGCACCAGACCAUUCAUACUGGAGAGAAGUCAUUUGAAUGUAAGGAAUGUGGCAAGAAAUUCCAUACCGGUUCACACCUCGUUCAACACCAGCAUUUUCAUACUGGUGAGAAACCUUUUGAAUGUAAUGUAUGUGGGAAGGCUUUUAGGUUUCAGGUAUACCUUUCUGAUCAUCAGAAAACUCACAUUGAAGAAAAACCUUUCAAGUGUAAGGUGUGCGAGUCAGUCUUCAGGCAUAAGUACCAGCUUAGUGAACAUCGGCUCACUCAUAUCGAUGUAAGGCCCUAGGAGUGCAAGAAACUUGGGUUAGUAUUGCUGGAAGGGUCAGAUUUUACUGAGCGUUACAG